GGGCGAGUCUUUGAGAUGUAGCUAAUUGGGUUACCUACCUACCUACUGUGUUGAUCAUCACGAGUUUGAGAGCUUUGCCCGCAAUUUUAUCCCUGUCAUUCUUGACGUUACCCCGCAGCACAUCCCCCACCUUCCUGACCUCAACAACAGUUUGACAUCAACACCUCAUCGUCAUCUUCAGCGUCUUCAUCAUCUUCAUCAACUUCAUCCGAAUACAUCCAACUUGAUCAAGUUGUCAAGAACUCAACUAUAGAAUCAUACACAAUGCCUCAAAAAGAAUCUGUUUCGACCGACAAGGCACCACCGCCAUUACCCUUCUUCUCCCAGGCUAUCAAGUGUCAGGGAAUGGUUUACUGCUCUGGUAGCAUUGGAAUGGAUGUCACUACCAUGAAACUUGUCGAAGGAGGAAUUGCUGAUCGAACCGUACGUUUCGAAACUUCUACAUUUCAAUUGACAUCAUGAUUAAAUAAGAAUCUAGAGACAAUCACUUCUCAAUCUUCAGGCGGUCCUCGAGGCUGCUGGCAGUAGCAUUGAUAAUGUGGUCAAAGUCAAUGUCUUCUUGACCGACAUGCAAAAUUUUGCUGCCAUGAACAAAGUCUAUGCAGAAUUCUUCCAUAAGGAUCCUAAGCCAGUUAGAACAUGCGUCGCGGUACAUCAAUUGCCAUUGGGAACAGACGUGGAAAUUGAAUGUACAGCUCAUCUGUAAGGUAAUUUCUGUUUCCAAUACAUGCAGAGUAUUAUAGUUUGUUGAUAUGGCCUUUUCAGGGGAGAAGCACUGUUGCCGCCAACUAAUUUAUUAUCAACUCCAAAUCUUAUGACCAAGGAUUGGUAGCAAGAUACCAGGAGUCAAGCUCUUCCUUAGGUCACAAAGACUUUAAAAUGAAAGGCAGUCUACAAUUGUUUAGCUUCAUACAGUGCUUUUAGUUACGACUUUUGACUCUUUUCGGAAAAUAAAGAGGUAAUGCUUC